AAUAAUUAAAUAAAAUUGACUAACAUACACACACCACUUGUCACAUUUAGAAGAAUUAAAUUGCAACCAAAAACGAUUUGCAUGGCAAAGAGUAAUAUUUUCCACUAAUCAUUCCUCUGAUUUGCCAAUUGCCAUCCCUACACAAAUGAUUAUUCUCUCUCCUCAAUCCAUCCAAUCAAUCAGAAAAAUGCAGCAAGGUAAGAUCCGUAAACAUAAAUCAUCAAAAAUUAGUUUUAGCAAUGUAUAUUAUUCUUCUUCAAUGGCAAUAUUAACCUUCAUAAUUACUUAUCUUUAUGGCAUCCUUUCCUACAAGUCUCAUAACAAUUCUCAAUGUCAUCAAUCCUCAGAUGGGUAUGGAAAAUCUAUUUUCGCGAUCCUUUUCGUGUCGUCCGUUGGGUUAAUUGUCGCUGCGGCCGCUUACUAUAAUCAACGCCACCUUAUGUAUAAAAAACUCGUCCCUCGGAUCAAAUAUGAUCGCUCUAAGAGGGUGGUGAAACUCGAGCGAUUUUCCCAUUAUGUAGCUAGGCAAUUAGGAUUUUCGGAUAGAAGGCUUUGCCCACAGCUCAACAAAUUGGCAUCAGAUUAUAUACAAAAAAGAGAGGGAUGGGAGGAAACCAUAUACUCCAUUUUCACCCAAGAUCCAGAUUGUGAUUCGCUCUUCAUCAAGCUUGUCGAGGAAAUUGAACGAUGCAUCCUCAGUUACUUCGCCUUCCAUUGGAGUUUUGCAGAAAUCGCCCUCAAACAGGUGAUGCAAGGACCAGAACCAGAGCCAAAAAAGAAGCUUAAGCAUAUAUUGCUAGCAGCAUCAAGGGAGAAGACGAUUGAGAGAGUGACCAAAGACUUGAAGGUGGCUAGAGUAUUUACCACAUUGGUACAAGAGAUGAAAGCAAUUGGACUCGCUCAACCGAGACCAGAGAUUGAUGAGUCUGAAUGUACGGACGUGAUGGCGCCAGUGGCUUUCAAGGAUAGAAGUCCAGUUCUCCUUUUCAUGGGAGGUGGAAUGGGCGCUGGAAAGAGUACUGUGCUUAAAGACAUUCUCAUUGAACCAUUUUGGCAAGAAGCAUCAGGGCAGGCAGUUGUCAUAGAAGCAGAUGCUUUCAAAGAAACAGAUUUAUUUUAUAAAGCCCUUAGCUCCCGGGGCCAUCAUGAUGCAGUACACACUGCAGAACUGGUUCAUCAAUCAUCAGCAGACGCAGCGGCUUCAGUGCUUGUGACAGCACUGAAUGAGGGCCGGGAUGUUAUCAUGGACGGCACACUAUCUUGGCUGCCCUUUGUGGUGCAGACAAUAACUAUGGCCAGGAAUGUCCACCGUAAAAGGUACCGAAUGGGGCCUGGAUAUCAUGUGGCUAAAGAUGGAACUGUCACAGAAAGCUAUUGGGAACAAAUGGAUGACGAAGAGGAUGAACAAACCAACAUCAAAAAAAGAAGACCAUACCGAAUAGAAUUGGUUGGUGUCGUUUGUGAUGCCUAUUUAGCUGUGAUUAGAGGCAUAAGAAGGGCUAUCAUAUGUGGAAGAGGUGUAAGGGUGAGUUCACAGCUAAAAUCUCACAAAAGAUUUGCAAAUGCAUUUCCACAUUAUUGCCAACUUGUAGACCAGGCCAGGUUGUACAGCACGAAUGCUUUGGAAGGGCCACCGAAGCUGAUAGGAUGGAAGGACAGAGACAAGACCCUACUUGUUGAUCCAGAGGAAUUCAAGUGUAUGAAGUUAGUUGCAGAUUUGAACGAGGAUGCAGACAACAUUUAUGAACUUUACAAGAGACCAAACCCAGCAUGCCAAGACGGAUCUAUAUGGAACGACAUAGUAUCAUCACCGUCAAGGGUAAAUGUGCAGCAGGAACUGAAGUACUCAAUACAAAGAGUAGAAAGGUCAAUUGCAACAGCAAAGGACCGGAGCAUCAUCAAAAAUGUAUGAGAGCCAGAACUGAAUCCUAUGAGGAUGAAAGCCAAAGUACAUUACCCGCCUCUAAUUUGAAUUUCUCAAACCAGGGAUUUGUUCGGCAUAGUCAAAAAUAUGUUUAAAUUUA